AGGGGAGCAGUGGAUGCUGCGAAGGAACUCAUUAAGGAAGGAGUUGCAGCGAAACUUUUCAUAAAACAGCUUUCUUCAUCUUCUUCUAUAAACCCAUUUUGCAUUGCAGAUUUCGGGUGCUCUACAGGACCCAACACACUUCUGGCAGUGCAGGUCAUACUUGAAGCCGUGGAGCAAAAGUUCAAAUCAGAAAAACCAACAGCCCAACUCCCUGAAUUUCAGGUGUUCUUCAAUGACCAUGUCCUGAAUGAUUUCAACACCCUUUUCCAAUCUCUUCCACCUGAAAGACGAUACCGUGCUGCCGGAGUGGCUGGCUCUUUCUACGGCCGAGUACUUCCCAAGGCCUCCCUUCACUUUGCUUUCUCCUCUUCUUCAUUGUGUUGGAUCUCCGAAUUGCCGGAAGAGAUUCUGGACAGUAACUCUCCGGCGUGGAAUAAGGGAAGAAUUCACUAUACAGGAGCCAGAAAGGAAGUUUCUGAGGCUUAUGCACUUCAAUACGCAAAAGACUUGGAAGCAUUCUUGCAUGCAAGAGCAGAAGAGCUUGUGGGUGGAGGGCUAAUGGCUCUUUUGGUUCCUGCUGUCCCUAAUGUUAUGACCUCUUCUGAGACAACCAUUGGGACUGAGAUCGAUCUUCUCGGAUCUUGCCUCAUGGAUAUGGCCAAGAUGGGAUCAUUCAGUGAAGCAAAAGUAGACUCCUUCAACUUACCUUCAUAUUUUCCACCCAUUGAGGAAUUGGAGGCAUCGAUAGAGGCAAACACAAGCUUCAGCAUAGAGAGAAUGGAGAUCCUGAACAACCCUCCGAAACAUGUCGCCAUGCCUAGUGUCAGACAUCGCACACUGUUCUUGAGGGCUUGCUUCGAGGGACUUUUGGAGAAUCAUUUCGGAAGUCAUAUCAUGGAUGAACUGUUCGAACGUUAUUCCAAGAAAGUUGCCGAGUCUUCCUUCACCAUGAAUCCAGACAAUGAUAAAUCCAUUUUUAUGUUAGUCCUCCUUAAGCGUAAAAGCGAGUCCUCACAGAAUGAUUCACUCUAG